AUGGGCAAAUCAAAGAGAACCAGAGGCGGCCAUCGCAGUGAUCCCGUGGCUAAAGCUGUCAAGCCUCCCUCAGAUCCUGAGCUGGCCGCUCUGAGAGAGAGCAAGAUUCUACCUAUCAUAAACGACCUCAAGAGCGCCGAUCCUAAAUCUCGCUCUACUGCCGCUUCUCUCAUUUCAAGCAUUAUCCAAGACACAAAGUGCCGCAAGCUGCUGCUGCGAGAACAGAUUGUCUACACUGUUCUCACACAGACUCUGACAGACGCUGCACUCGAGAGUCGGGCUGCCGGAUGGGGAAUUUUGCAGGUCCUGGCCCAGGAGGAGGAGGCUGAUUUCUGUGUUCAUUUGUUCAGACAGGACGUCUUGACGGCAAUUGAGUUUGCCUCCAGACUGAUUCAUGACAAAGUCUUCUCAAGCGAUACGCCUUAUGUCAAACUACCCAAGGCCGAGAAGGGUUUCAUCUCAAGCAUUGCGGCGUCUCUGGUCUUGCUGCUAACAGCUCUAGCUGAGGCCAGCGACGAAAUCUUGGAAGCUAUUUCCAACAACUCCUCCAUCACCAAUCUACUCUUCACACUAAUCACGUAUACUGCUCAAGAAGAUCAGGAUCCUCUAUUAAAUAUCCGCGGAGAUGCCAUGGCCUGUCUCAUGAUUCUCUCCGAGGAUAACUCCGAUCUAGCCCAAAGACUCACCUGCACUGGCGGCAACACCGUCUGCUAUGAUGCACUGGUGACCCUGAAGGAUGAUGUCGGCGGAGAUGGCAUCUUGGCUUGUGCCAUCCUUCACAACGUUUAUGCCUCCCUUCUCGGACUUAAGAACAUAUCACCAAAGACCGAUGUGGCUGACGACUCAGAUCUGAUACCAACUCUCACCAAAGCCAUCGCUACGUAUAUCCCCGGGGAGAAUGUCGCCAACGGCAGCAGUUGGUCUAGCCCUUCAGAGUAUCAACAACUAGCUCUGGAGACGCUGGCGUCUAUCGGCACAAGUCUUGUAUCUGAAAUGGGUGGCCCAUCGCAACCAUCUUCUAAGAAGGAUAGCGGUGCUGGAGCUGGGAAGGAGGACAACAACGAGGAUGAGGACGAUGAUGAAAACAUGGAUGAGGUGGCCUCGGAUGCAGAUGACAACGAAGAUGAAGACGGAGAUGACGAUGAAGACGAUGACAUGAACGAAGACGAGAUGGAGGCCGAUAUGGACAUGGUAACGGGUGGUGACCAUGGAGAGGAUAACAUCGACCACCUUCCAACUCUCAAAUCUCUCGUCCAGAUUGCUCUGCCCGAGCUGAUCCGCCUCGCCAUACUCCAACCCUCCGACGACCUCUCCCUUAAGAUGCAAGCCCAUGCUCUCUCUGCACUCAACAAUAUCACCUGGUCCGUCUCCCUCUUCGAUCUUGCCGACGAGUCCAACGCCGGCAUUAAAGCUGCUUGGACACCCAUCGGCCGUACCCUCUGGCAACAGAUCAUCUCACCCACACUCGCCUCCGACACCGCUGACGUCGAUCUCGCUACCCAAAUCACCGGUCUCGCCUGGGCCAUCUCCCGAAUCCUCCGCGGCGAGACCCCCCUCCAGCCCAACGAGCACCGCAAGUUCAUUUCCCUCUACCAGGCCACAAAGGGUGCGCCCGCCCGCCUCGACCCCGAAGAUCCCUUCCAAGCCCUCGGAGUCAAGUGCGUCGGCGUCCUCGGUCAGCUGGCCCUUCACCCUGCCCCUACGGACCUCAACCGCGAGAUUGGCACUUUUCUCGUUACCCUGCUCGCUGGACUUCCCGACACUCCUGCCGCCGAUGCGGUAGAGGCAUUUAACCAAGUCUUUGAUAUCUACGGAAACGAAGAGUACCCCUACGAUGCAGAGGUUUUCUGGAAAGGCGGCUUCUUGAAGCACCUCGACGGAACUGUUUCAAAGGCAAAGGCCAUGGCUAAGAGCGUGAACAAGACUGCCCAACCAGAACUUAGGGAUAGGGCGGACGAAGUCAUGAUGAAUUUGACAAGAUUCUUGGCGUACAAGAAGAAACACAAGCCAAUAGAGGUGACGCUGAGAUAG